AUGGCGGCUUUCAUGACCGUCCUAGAGUCUGAUCUGAGGGCCCUUUCGGCGGAGGCUCGCCGCCGUUAUCCCGCCGUCAAAGACGCCGCGGAACAUGCCAUCCUAAAGCUUAGAUCACUGGCGAGCCCCAAUGAGAUAGCCCACAACGAGGACAUUUUCAGGAUAUUCGUGAUGGCUUGUGAGGUUAAGAAUGUUAAGCUGAGUGUGAUUGGCCUUUCUUGUCUGCAAAAGCUCAUUGCUCAUGAUGCUAUUGCCCCUUCGUUUCUGACGGAGAUACUUACUACUCUCAAGGAACACGGUGAGAUGGCAGAUGAGAGCAUUCAGCUGAAGACCUUGCAAACCAUCCUAAUAAUAUUUCAAUCUCGUCUACAGCCUGAUAAUGAGGAGAAUACGGCUCAUGCUCUUGGUAUAUGUCUCCGACUCCUUGAAAACAAUAGGUCAUCCGACAGUGUGAGAAAUACGGCUGCAGCAACAUUCAGGCAAGCUGUAGCGUUGAUCUUUGAUCACGUGCUGCAUGCAGAAUCGCUUCCAGCAGGCAGAUUUGGCUCUGGAGGAUACAUUUCUCGAACAAAUUCUGUAACUAGUGAUGUCAAUCGCAACAUAAAGCGCCUUGAGUUGCUGGAUUUGGAUGUUACUGCCGGAGGGGCAUCAUUAAUGAGGGGCACUCUAACAGAAGCUGGGAAACUUGGACUUUGCUUGCUUGAAGACUUGACAACUCUUGCUGCAGGUGGAUCUGCUAUUUGGUUACAUGUUGGUUCCGUUCAGCGGUCAUUUGCACUUGAUUUACUCGAGUUCAUAUUGUAUAAUUAUGUAGUUCUCUUCCGGACGCUGAUCCCUUUUGAACAGGUUCUGCGUCACCAAAUAUGCUCACUUCUCAUGACAUCACUUCGUACCAACUCUGAGAUUGAAGGCGAGAUAGGGGAGCCUUACUUUCGCCGCCUAGUAUUGCGGUCUGUGGCCCAUAUUAUUAGAUUCUAUAGUUCAUCCCUUACAACAGAAUCAGAGGUGUUCCUCAGUAUGUUAGUGCGGGUUAUAGCUCUUGAUCUACCACUGUGGCAUCGCAUUCUAGUCCUUGAAAUUUUGAGGGGUUUCUGUGUGGAAGCGCGCACAUUGCGCAUUCUUUUUCAGAAUUUUGACUUAAAUCCCAGCAACUCAAAUGUGGUUGAGGGCAUGGUUAAAGCUCUUGCCCGCGUUAUUUCUUCUGUGCAGUACCUAGAAACUGGCGAGGAGAGUCUUGCUGCUGUUGCUGGAAUGUUUAGCAGUAAAGCCAAAGGUAUCGAGUGGAGCUUGGACACUGAUGCGUCUAAUGCAACUGUUUUGGUCGCAAGCGAAGCACAUGCUAUCAGUUUAGCAAUUGAGGGUCUGCUCGGUGUCGUUUUUGCUGUUGCCACUUUGACUGAUGAGGCAGUGGAUGAUGGUGAGCUUGAAUCCCCCAGAUGUGAUACUGAUCCACCCGCAAAGUGUGCUGGGAUAACUGCAACACUUUGUAUUGCAAUAGUUGAUUCAACUUGGUUAACAAUACUAGAUGCUUUGUCCCUGAUUUUGAUGAAAUCACACGGUGAGGCUAUUAUACUGGAGAUAUUGAAAGGUUACCAAGCAUUCACACAGGCAUGUGGAGUUCUUCAUGCUGUUCAACCGUUAAACUCUUUUCUUGCGUCCCUUUGCAAAUUCACAAUUUAUAUCCCCAACGAAGUUGAAAAGAAGAGUGUUAUUCUGUCGCCAAGUUCAAGACGUGCUGAACAAUUAGGUGGCCAGAAGGAAAACAUUGUUCUUACUUCAAAAAACGUGCAGGCUUUAAGAACUCUCUUCAACAUUGCUCACAGGUUGCAUAAUGUAUUGGGUCCAUCAUGGGUUUUGGUUUUGGAAACUCUAUCUGCUCUUGAUCGAGCAAUACAUUCUCCUCAUGCGACAACACAGGAAGUUUCAACAGCAGUCCCAAAGCUUUCUAGAGAUCCAUCUGGGCAAUAUAGUGACUUUAGUAUUCUCUCUUCAUUGAACUCUCAGCUUUUCGAGAGCUCAGGUUUGAUGCACGUGUCAGCGGUUCAAUCACUUCUUUCUGCUCUUUGUCAGUUGUCACGUCAAUGUAUAGCAGCAACUUUGAGUAACACCGGGCAGGCAUCUAAUCAGAAAAUUGGAAGCAUUAGCUUUUCUGUUGACAGAAUACUAUCCAUCCUCAACAAUAAUCUUCACAGGGUGGAACCUUUAUGGGAUGACAUCGUUGGUCAUUUCCUUGAGCUUGCUGAUAGUUCCAAUCCGCUACUACAAACUAUGGCCCUUGAUGCAUUAGAUAAAUCCAUAUCUGCUGUCUUAGGUUCUGAUCAGUUUCAGGAGAAUGCUUCAUCAAACUCAGUUGAUGCACCGACUGAUCUAAUUAUCCAAUCGAAGUUGAGAUCACUGGAAUGUGCUGUCAUCUCACCAUUGAGUAACCUUUAUUCUUUAUCACAAAUUUACGAUGUUCGGCUUGGAUCUGUGAAGAUUCUUUUGCAUGUUAUAGAGAGGCAUGGGGAGAAAUUGCACUUCAGUUGGCCAAAUAUUCUUGAAAUGUUAAGGUCUGUAGCUGAUGCAUCAGAGAAAGAUCUCAUUGCACUAGGGUGUAUUGAUGUAGUUGGGGCAUACAGUACACAGAAGACUGACUUGAAUAUAAGUCUGACAGCUAUAGGUCUGCUGUGGACCGCCACAGACUUCAUUGUGAAAGGACUUAAGAAUUGGACUAAGGAAGAAUUUGAAAUAGAUCCAACGAAUUAUGACAAACAGGAUGAGCCAGCUCCUGAUCCUCAUGAUAAACUUGUUCAUACCUCACACCGUUUGGAUAUUGUCGAACGUGACAAGUUGCUAUUUUCAGUUUUCUCUUCACUCCAUAAGCUGGAAGCCGAUGAGAGACCAGAGGUUAGGAACUCCGCCAUUAGAAUGCUAUUCCAAUCUCUGGGAAGUCAUGGGCAGAAGUUUUCUAAAAGGAUGUGGGAGGAUUGCCUUGCAAAUUAUAUAUUCCCUUCGUUGGAUCAUGCAUCUCACUUGGCUGCAACAUCGUCUAAAGACGAAUGGCAGGGUAAAGAACUUGGAACCCGAAAAGGAAAAGCAAUUCAUAUGCUUAUACAUCACAGUCGAAAUACAGCUCAAAAGCAAUGGGAUGAGACACUUGCAUUGGUGCUCGGAGGCAUUGCCCGUAUUUUCCGAUCAUUUUUCCCGUUUCUUAGAAGUUUAAGAAACUUCGAGUCUGGUUGGGAAUCUUUGCUUGUCUUCAUUAAAAAUAGCAUUCUAAAUGGUAGUAAAGAAGUUGCUCUUGCAGCAAUAAACUGCUUGCAGUCCACCAUAGUUUCUCAUUCUCCAAAGGGAAAUCUUCCUAUAACUUACAUUAGGUCUGUACUCGAUAUUUAUGAGGAUGUUCUUCUGAAAUCUCCAAACAAUACUUAUCAUGUCUCAGAAAAGGUGCAGCAGGAGAUUUUACAUGGUCUUGGAGAACUGUAUGUCCAAGCUCAAGGGAUGUUCGACAUUGACAUGUAUAAGCAGUUGAUAUUUGUUGUAGAUUCUACAAUUAAAGAAUCCAAGAUCUCCAAUAACAACUUCGAAGCAGAUUACGGUCAUGUACCACCAGUGCAAAGGACCGUACUGGAAAUCUUACCUUCACUACGUCCAGCAGCGAACCUUAGUUCAAUGUGGAUUAUGCUCCUCACGAAAUUGUUGCAUUAUCUUCCAGCAGUUGAUCCCUUGUUAGAUGAAAACAAUGAUCGUAAUGAACCAGUUGACAAUGGUGAUAUGCCCAAUGGGUCUUCUUCAACGACACGAAAGGAAGGAGAAGGGUUUACUCUGAACAACAAAUAUACACUGUUUGCGGAGAAACUUGUGCCUGUGCUCGUUGAUCUCUUUUUGCUGGCUCCAGUUAAAGAAAAAUAUGAUGUUUUCCCAAAUUUAAUUCAAAGUCUGGGAAGGUGUAUGACAACAAGAAGGGAUGAUCCUGACGGAACACUUUGGAGAAUAGCUGUCGAGGGCUUUCACCGGUUACUUAUUGACGAUGUUAAAAAACUGAAACCAGAAAGCUGCACAGAUCAUUCUAUUACUAGAUUGCAAAGAGUACAUGUCUGGAAAGAAGUUGCUGAUGUGUACGAAUUAUUUUUGGUGGGCCACUGUGGCCGUGCGCUACCUUCCAAUAAAGUCUCGGAGAUCGAUGAGUCUCUUGAGAUGAACAUUUUAGACAUUUUGGGAGAUAAAAUUCUUGGUUCAGAUACUGAUAUCCCUGUUGAUAUUCUACAAAGACUAAUUUCCACGCUCGAUCGUUGUGCAUCGCGUACUUGUUCUCUGCCUCUCGAAACCGUUGAGCUUAUGCCUUCUCACUGCAGCAGAUUUUCUUUGACAUGCUUGAAGAAGCUAUUUUCUUUGAGCAGCUUAGAAAUAAGUGAUUGGAGUUUGGGCAGAUCUGAAGUUGGCAAAAUCUCAGUUGUGACACUUAUGUCGAGAUGUGACUUCAUAUUGAGGAAAUUCUUGUCAGACGAAAAUGGAAUUGGUGAUGAACGUUCCUUGCCUCGAGCAAGAAUGGAAGAAGUUACAUUUGUUCUCAAAGAGCUUUCUCAACUCGUAAUUCUUCCUGAAACAGCAUUAUCUCUUCCUUUGCCUCCUCAACUGAAAGAGUUUGUCUCUAAAGAUAAUCAGAGAAGACAUUCUCAUUUGCUGGUUUUAUUUCCUGCUUUCUGUGAACUUGUUUUAUCAAGGGAAUUGCAAGUUAGAGAUCUUGUACAGAUCUGUCUUCGGCUAACUGCUGAAGAUUUGGGUUUGCAGAAGCUUGAUAUCAACAGUUAA